AUGCGAUACAAUCAAGUAAAAACAAAUAUUAAAGAUCUUAUCAGAAAUUUGGGUAUACUGGGUCGUUCAUGUUUUGAGUACAUCAGACUGGUGCACAGCGUUUCGUCGUCAUAUAGAUCUUCAAAUAUUUGUAGCACUAAAAUUAUAGCGUAUGGUGAAAUCAUACCAUUCAAAUAUAAGGUUAAUGAACCAAAAGAAAAGUUAGAACUAAUACAAGUCCUACAAUUAAAAUUCCUUUUCGUUCAUUCCCCCUACAAUGAAAUCUUCAAUAUGACUAUAGAAAAGAGGAUAACAAAAAUUAAAAGUAUUUUGAGACUUUGGUUUCUCUUAUAUAGUUUUAAUAGCGCACCGAAAAUUUUUCAUUUCCGGGUAACAUCUACAUAG